CAUCGUGUUUCUGCAUUGUGCCGAGUGAAGAAAAAAAAGGACAUACAUACCGAUUACAUAAAAUAAUGGACAAGUUGACCGAAUUUAUUGAGGAAAAUAGCUUGGACCCAGUUUGCCUUCUAAAUUUGAUUGACUGUGGCUAUACUUAUGAAAAUUUGCAAUUCAUCGAAAAUGAUGAUUUGAAUUUCAUAUUUCCAAAUCGGGAAGACACCGCUUUGCGGUCUGAGUUCAGGGCUAAGCUUUUCGAGUGGAAAGCUAAAAAUAAAAAAAACUUGCAAACUUUAAAUCAGCCCAAGUCCGUCCCAACACAGAAUGUAGAAGCAAAUAUGCAAAGUGGGCCGAAUGUUUGUAAGUUGGAACACGACUUCAAUAAGUUACACCCCAAUCGCCAAUUUGGAUUGACUACAAAGUGGGAGGACACCGUACCUAAACUGAUGUCCUACUAUAAUAUUUAUUUAAAGGACAACUUUUACAAAAAACUCUUUAAGUCUUUGGACGAUUCUGUUUGUCCAAGCUCAAAAGACUGCAUACUGUUUAUGUGUUUGCACGCUGUUAUAAAGCCAUCUCACCGCUUUACCGUCACCCAUGGGAAUGUGAAGUCCUUUCGCAAGGCAACAAUAGAGGACAGCGUCUGCAGCACAGUAUUACAAGUCUCGGAAGUAAAUGACUUGCAAAAUCACUUGGAACAGUUGAACAACAAGAACGUCGAGUCUAAUACGCCGAUUCAACCGUUCGUCAUCGUUGUCGGCACAGAGCUUACAAACUUAACUGAGUUUUAUGUUAGCUUUGGAGAACACCUUUAUAAGUUUAGCUCGUUUGUACUGGCACUUGAUAUAUGCUUUAAAGUGUAUCAGGUAUUUGGCCUAAAAUACCCCAACGAGUCGCACAAGGUGUGGAGUUUUUUACAGGAGUUUAUGUAUAACAUAAGUACACCAUUUGAUAUCAAACAUUCGAAUGUCGUUAAUGUCAUCGAAGACUUACAAAAAAUGUAAAUAAUUUGGUAUAAUAUUUUAGUCUUAAUAUAUAUAUUUACUCAUAGCAUUAGUUAGUUUUAAGAUCUUUAAUAUCCAUAAUCAUUUUAGUCUUAAUUCAUCAUUUUUCAUUUUCAUUUUAAUUUUUCUACAAAUAAUCCAAAGCAAAAUGCAUUGCUUUAAAUGUUUUAGGGAAUUUUCCAGCCUCAUUACCUUAUGCUUACAUUUUAAGCAUCAUCACAAUUUAAAAGAAACAGAUAAAUAUAAAUGUAUCGAAUUCAAUUGCGACCAAAGGUUUUCUUCUUUUAGAAUAUUUAAAGCUCACCUUAAGAGGCAUAUAAAUCUUAAAUCAGUACAAGUCUCCAAAGACGCACAAGGUUCAGAUUGCAAUAAUGCAUUACAGAUCUGCAGCACUGAAAGUAAUUCUUUUGACGACCCUCCGACUUGUUCUCAAGUUGAAAUCACUACAGAAUCUUCUUCGGACUUAUCAUUUGGACAAAUAAUUAAAAGUUUUGAAUCAAAAAUUUUAGAAGUCUGCCAGCAAGCCAUAACUAAAUUGCAUGCAAAAGAUAAUUUUUGCAGAAAAGACGUUUUAUUUGUUCAGAACAUCUUUGAGGAGGUUAAUACAACCAUUGUAGACUCAUUUAAAGACUUGUUUUUAGAUAAAAUUUCAUCCGAAACUCGCCCUCAUGCCAAAUCGUUUUUAGACUUCUGCUGCAUGCCAUUUAAAAGCGUUGAAACUGAACACCUGUUUUUAAAAAAACUAAGUAGUGACAGAUAUUUUGAAAUGCCCACAGUUUUUAAUGUAAGCAAUGAAUUGCAAGAAACGCAUCAAAAUUACAAGCCGACUAUUGCACCAUCGAAUAUAAAGGGGUGCAUUAUGCCAAUUAUAUUUCAAAUAAAAACAUUCUUUGAACUGCCCGGUAUUUUAAAAUCAACUAUGGACUUGAUGAAAAAAUAUGAGGGAAACUUCAAUCUAAGCCAUUAUGUAAAUGGAACUUCUUUCAAAGGAAAAGUUUCCAACUUUGAAAAAAAAUACGUUAUUCCAAUUUUCUUAUAUUUGGAUGGUUUCGAAGUGAACAAUCCCUUAGGUAGCCAUGCAGGCGUUGACAAUAUAUGUGGGGUAUAUUACACAUUUCCUGUGCUUCCUCAGCAUCUACUUUCCAAAUUGGAUUUUGUAUUUGUUGCUGCCUAUUUUAAAAGCAAACACGCAAAAAAAUAUGGCAGUGACCCCUUCCUUAAACCUUUAGUUGACGUUUUUAAAAGUCUGGAAGAAACUGGAGUAGAAAUAAGUUCAAACGAGGGUCCGAUUAAAGUUUACUUCAUACUUUCCAAUAUUCUUGGGGACAAUUUGGGCCAAAACGAAGUUCUUGGUUUUACGACGUCUUUUAAAGCCACAUUUUAUUGUCGGUUUUGUACACUUUCUAAGGAAAAUACUGCCAAGGAAGGUGUUGCUUUACAAAAGGAUUUAAGAACUAAGGAGAAUUAUGAGAAUGCUUUGGCUUUAAACGAUUUAAAAGCAACAGGCAUAAAAUCCAGCUGCAUAUUUAAUGAUCUAAAAUAUUUUCAUGUGACGGAUAACUUUAUUGCAGACAUUAUGCAUGAUAUUUAUGAAGGUGUCUGCCGAUACAGUAUCUGCGAGGUUCUUUUGCACUUAAUUUUGAAGGAAAAAUUAUUUAGUUUAAAUACCUUUAAUUGUAGAAAAAAUCUUUUCGAUUAUGGAGAGUCAGAUUUAGGAAAUAAAUCAAUACAUUUCGAGCUUUAUCAACUUAAAAAUAUUUCGAUUAAAACUUCCGCAUCGGAAAUGAAAACGCUUGUUCAUUUCUUUACCUUAAUUAUUGGUGACUUUGUGCCAGUUGGAAAUAAGGUUUGGCAUUACUUGACCAAUUUAAUCAAAAUUAUUGACAUUCUUCUUUUAAGCGAAUUUGACUCAAGCUCCAUUAAUAUAUUAACAAAUUUGAUUAAGGAGCUUAAUGAAGGAUAUGUAAAAUUAUUUGAGAAGCCACUUAAGCCCAAAUUUCAUUUUUUAACGCAUUACCCAGAAAUAAUUCGAAGAAGUGGUCCCCCCAAACACUUCUGGAAUUUUAGAUUUGAGGCGAAACAUAAAGAGGCCAAAAUAUAUUCCAGAAAUGUAAUGUGUAGGAAGAACAUUACGUACUCCCUGAGUAUAAAAUCGGGCAUUAAAUAUUCCCUAUUUUUAGAUAAAAAUAAAGAAGGAUUUCCCAAAAAUUUUGUAAUAUUAAAGGAAACUCCUUGUGAAAUAAAUGCAGCAGACUUUUCAAGUAUACUCAGUAAUUUUCAAAAUAGUUUUAAAAACAUUAUUAUUAAUAGUUUAAAUUAUAAAGGAGUUGUAUAUAAAACAGGUUUUUGUUUAACAUUAAAAAAAAUUGGGGAGGGUUUAAAGUUACAUGAAAUAAGGUACAUUCUAAUAACCAAUGAAGAAGAUAUAUUUAUAUUAAGUUAUCAACAUGAUCUGAUAGAA